UUGACUCAUAGUGAGUUUCCUGCAAGGAACUGUAGAUUGAUUUUAUUUAUAGGCACUUCCUCGAAUAACGAACUCUUCCUCUCUCACUUGCGCUUAAAGCCGGCUGCAAAGAUGUUGAAAUCCGGAAUUUUGUGUUGCUUCUUCUCCCUGUUGUUAAUAAACAUCGCAUCAUGUGGAGAUUAUGACGUAGACGACGGUAAUAAUGGAAACACCUCGCCACCAAAUUUGAGCAAGAAUUUAUUGGAAGCUUUACCAACGACUAGCAAUUUUACUGGUUCGACGGAUGCUUCAGAGGUGGCUGAAAAGUCCCCCAAAGAAGUCAAUCACGAUGAUACAGACCUACAAGAAUACGAGCUUGCUGGAGAUGACGGUCGAAACAUCACAGUACUGCAAGAACUUAAAAAUACGCUGGAAAAAUUAAUAGAAGAUUUCCCAACGAAGAGUGACUUGGCUGGUUUGGGAGAAGUUUUUGACGCGGCCAUAAAAACCUUGGGCAACUCUUCCAUGGAGAUGAGAAAUCUGAUUGACAAGUUUGACAGUUUGGCUGACCAGAAAUCGAUCGCAGCCAUCAGUACGGACAUUCAAGCUCAAUUCAACGGUAUUGGAAAAUACAUUCAGGUCCUGCUUGCGAAUCAGACGAAUCUGGCCUCUGCUAUCCAACGGCUGGACACUAAUUUGCAACGGCAAAGCAACAAGUCUGAAAACAACAGCGUCUUUUUCGAGACCAAAAUUACAGAGGCUGUCAGACAAUUGUCUGCGAAAAUCGAAUUCGAGAUGAAAAAUACUACUGAAGUGGUCAACUCUAGCCUUGAUCAAUUAAGCAGCAAAAUCCUUUCCAUAUUCGAAUACGGCGAGGAAAAAUCAGCCGAAAUAGAGGAAGCCAUCGGGACUUACAACAAAUCCAUUCAGGCCCACUUCAUAGGAUUGACAGAUAAGGUCCAAAAAGAGGCAAUGUUCACCACUCUCAACUUGACUAACAGUUUCUCCGCUUUACAAACCAUCCUUGUUCAAUAUGACACCAGAAUGCGUGGCCUUGUCGACAAAAUACAUUUAAAUGUGAGUGAAAACCGGCAAUUCCUUGAAAAGAUGAGGUCUGAGCUAAAGGAAUCACUCAAAGAAGAGCUGGUGACGAAAUUUGAAGAGAAGCUGGAAGAAUCGAAACAAGACAUCAUUGCCGCCUUUGUUAAUAUUUCGGCGGCUAGUCCAAUCGUAUCAACAGAGAAAUCGGAUAUGUGGCAAAAAAUGGAAAACUUGGACUUUAACUUUGUGGUUUUGGUUUGCAUUUUCUUGAGCCAGUUGAUCACCUUAGUCGUCAUUGCGGUGUGCGGUUGCAAGCUGAACCAGCGUCCCGCUGCUCCUGUGGAUCAUGCAAUUCCAAUGUCGCCUCUUAGCAACCGGUCAUUUAGGCAAGAAUAUUUCUUGUCAAAUAACGAAUUGUUUUAACAUGAAGAUCGUCGUUUUUCAGAUUGAGAGAAGUGAGUGAGACCAGCAAGUUGUGAUGUGUGCUUGUGAUGCUGCUUGUGCUUGUGUAAAUAUAAAAAAAACAUUAUUUUGAAACAGUUAAUUUAUAUAGAGCUAUAGAAUUAGUAGUCACUAAUAGAAUUAAAUCAUAAACAUUAUGCUGUAAAUAGUCGGAAAAUUUGUUAAUGUAAUGCGGUUGCACUGGUUGCAAAACGUCAGAAAACUGUACUUAAAAAAGUUUGAUAACAAUGGUUUUAUUUUCAGAAAUGACAACAUAUGUUACGUAAAGAGCAUGUAAAAUAAAAGCUAAAAUUUCUGGAAAACCAAAGUGCCGUUGGAAUUUUCCUAUUCGACCUUAGUAUAAAAUAGGGCAGCAAGUAGUGUAUUGUGAUGUCAUCACUGCUCAUGGGUGGCAACAGAACAGCUGAUGACGUCACACCGUACUGGCCGCUCUCUUUUUCCAACGCUUAACGGCUUAGAACCCAAUACAAAAAUUCUAGACACAAGUUGGAUUUCAGAUUUUUUAGCUGAUCAUUAACCAAUUAUAAAUUUUUAAAUCCAAGCGUAAUGUUCUUUAAAUUUUGUUUCAACGAUAAAAUAUUUAAUUAAGAAUGAUUUAUUUAAUUUUAAUUUCUUAUGAAUGAAUUAAGAAGUAAACAGUUGAAAUUUUAUGUAGACUAAAUUUUGAUAAAACCAAAUUGCUGUUAAAAUAUAAGCUUUUUUCGUCCCAA